AUGAGUCGUAUUAUCUCCCAGGAGCAGCUUACUAGUAUUAUGGGUGUAGGGAAUUCAUCUCCAAAGUCAUCUGGAAGAAAAUACCAAGAGGAAAAAGGGGCCCAGAUGAUCCCCGAGAUCAAUUUCCGACACCUCUAAUAGUAGCAGAAAUAGUAGCGCCCAUGAUAACUCAGACUCCUGCUUGUCCAACUCUAGAGGAAACUCCGUAUCUGAUACAACUACUCCGAAAGAAACCUUUAGGGGAGAAAAGGAUGAAAGAAAAGGGAAAACUGAUACUCGCUCCGCGACUAGUAGAGCCAACGAGUCGAAGUCCUCACCGAAAUUGCAGAAGUCCGCAAAAGGACCACGUGACGAUGCUAAGCCUCAAAAGACCGUCUCAAGAGGCUCAGGCUCUCCGUCUCAAGAGGCUCUUCGCUCUAAUAUUAAGGCUAUCUUGAUCGGGGGAACUUGGAGGGGGUCGCGGCUAUCAACUAUCAAGGAAUUUUAACGCGACCCCCCUUCCAUUACCCCCCAGAACAAGGAAGCUCUAAUUAUAAAGAGCUCUCGGAGAACAUGAACAGCUUGCCACCAUCCAAUUACGCUUUACACUUGCCACUACUGCUCGAAGAACUCUGACAUAUUAAAGACACAAAUAGUGAUAUAAGCCCUAACCGGUUAGUUUUACCUCUAGCGUAUAGCCCUUCCAACAACAUAUAGUGAUAUAAGCAAGUAGUGUUAUAUUCUUUCAAGGUAGUUCUUUUUUAAUAGGGAUCAUUUUGGCUCGUCUACCCCAUUUCUUUAAUUGUACUAAUUCAAAAAAAUUAGGUUCUACCCGCCCAUUUCUCUACUUGUCUAAGCGAAUAGAAAGGCACGAAGGCGACUCGCCAAGAGUCGAAAAGAGACACCGAGUUCUGCGACGCGAAUGCGACAGCCAGGGCAAGGAGAUAGCUCGAUUUCGACUACUGGCAACCCUCCAGCGACCCUCUGCGACACUAGUGCGACGUGAUUUUUGUCCUGUAGGGAAGUAUACUUCUGGAGUGAUGCUGGAGGUUACACUCAGUGGAGGCUCAGUGAAUCAUCGUAGUACAUAUGGACUACUAUUGUCACAUGGAGGAGAUGGCCUUCGCGGAGGACGUAGUGAAAAGUGUACAGGCCAACGCCUAAACCACUAAGCCAACUGCUAAUAUCAAUCAAACUACCGGGGCCUUCUAUCUCUCUCAUGUCUAUCUUCUACGAGAAAUAGUCUGUUGUAUUUUUUUUAGCUCCUCCAAGGUCUUUUCUAGUUCGCUCAACAUCAUUUGAUUGCUGAUGCUAUUCGCCUUCUACUGCGGUCACGAGCGGCUACAUGAGAAGCGCACAAGAUGUCCUUUAAAUAUAGCGGCUACAUGAGAUUGAGAAACGCACAAAGUUUGCUCCUCUGUUGAUCAGCCGUCCUUUAAAUAAGGCUCAAAGUAAUUCAUUUUCAAGGGUG